AGCCUCCAACCAGAUCGAGAGAGACACAAGGGAUUAUGUGCUAGCUAGAUACUAAACAAAGCGACCCUCCCCAGCCGUCUGGUUUAAAUUCAUCGUGAUAGAUGGUCCUCGCGAUUUAUGAUCCUAGAGUAAAUAACAAGCUCGAAAAUUUGUCUUUGGAGUACGAAGUGUCUUAUCAACCUGGUAUCAGGACAUCAACUAGCCUGCUUUAGCUGGGUCUCCACAAGGCAGCGGUGGACUGUGUGUGUCAUUGUGGCAAAUCUCUGAAUAAUUAAUUGGAGUAACAAUGAUGAACACCGAGGAGACAUCCGCUCAACCUAAAGCCGCCGCUGCCGCCGACGACGAUGGCAUGUCAUGGUGGUACCGAUGGCUCUGCAAAAUCGCUGGGGUUUUGGGAGGAAUAUCCUGUGCCAUUGCAGGAAUAUGGAACUGUGUCACCGUCAACCCCUUAAACAUUGCCGCGGGCGUGUGGAUGGUGUUGAACGCCUGCGUGCUGUUCCUGUGUGAAGUUCCGUUCUGCUGCCAGUUCGUAGAGUUUGCUAACGCGGUGGCGGCGAGGGCAGAUAAACUCAGGCCCUGGCAGAAAGCCUUCUUCUACUGCGGAAUGGCUUUGUUUCCCGUAUGCCUCAAGUUCUCCAUCAACACCUUGUUUGGGAACGCCAUCGCCUUCGCCACAGGAGUCCUGUAUGGCCUUGCUUCUCUGGGGAAAAAGGGAGACGCUGUGAGCUACGCCAGGCUGCAGCACCAGAAACAGGGGGAUGAAGAGAAGAUGACGGGGACCAUAGAUGACGGCCCUCAGUGAUGAGUUCAUCCGUCCCUCCAGUCCCCUCCCCCUCCCCUCCCCCCAUGCCCACUGCCCCUUUUCUGAGUCCUCUUCUUGAGUUUGCACAGAGCAUCCCUGUACUUUACAAAAGGACAAAGAUGUCAUCAAUAUCUCACUAAAAUCCAGCCAUGUUGUUUAGCAAGGUAUUUAGUUACUGGAAAGACUGCAUCUGUAAUGUAUAUUUAAACUCAUCUGAUGGUUGGUAUUCCAUAUGGAUUUGAUCUGUUAUUUCAAUGUUAUCGUGUGAAAUACUUUCCUUUUUAGAUGGGAUUUGUGUUGGCAUGUUCAGCGAAUAGCUGUAGUAGUUGUUUUUUUUUAGUUGGUCAGGUAAAUAAUUUGUUUGUUUUUCUGUUCUUUGUCUACUUGAUAACUCUUGAUAACCCUUACACAGUAUGGCGAUCAGAAAGGGAUGCAUCUGUUUAGCCAAUGAGCUUUUUAAAUGUUGGUUAGUAUUCCAUGUGAAAUGUCAGUUAUGCUUUUUAUUCAGUCACCCCUUAUGACCUUCAUGUGUGCUAUAGAUGUGGGGAUCAAAAAUUCUGGCUAGUAAGAAUGUAUUAUGUUACCCAAAGAUGUCAGUUUUUAAAACAGAUCUUCAGUUACUUUGUGGUGCUCCGCCACGUCCCAUGAUGCACCGGUACGUUUUAUUGAGUGCCAGUUCUUCGCUCAAAACUGGUUCUGUAUGGACUGUUAUGGAACCGUGAAUUCUUAAAGCUUUCUGUGCAUGGUUGAGAUGGAAAGCAGAUAUUCUUACUGUCCCGUGUUCUCUAAUCCUUUUUGCCUGACCGCUGACACAACUGUUGGUAAAUAUUUUGUGUGUUUUUGUGAAGAGGAAUGUGAGCUUAACUGCUAUGCUGCUUUAGAAUCGUAUUUCUUACCUUUAUGUCAGUGUUGGGACUUUCCUUAUACUUUGACCUAAUGCCGACUAUGAUCGUCCUGUGGUUGACACUACUGACAUGGUCAGUCUUGACCAAUCAUGAAGAGACAGAGGUGACCAGACCACUAGGUCUUCUAAUCACGAACGCAUGUAAAGGCUUUUAUACAACGAUAUUGAGGGAAUAUUUCUUGUCUUUAUUCAGGGACUGUGUGUAUCUAACCCAUAGGAUUAAGACUCCCUCCCCAACAAUAUUUAAACACUAACUUCUAUUUCAGGCUCUGAUCACAGGGCUAUAAUGUUUUUUCUUAUUUUUCUCCUGGUGCAGUUUGGUUGCUUUUCCCUUUGGAGUGACAGUGAAGCAAUGUCUAAGUUACUGUAUGUAAUACUCAAACACUGACUCGGAGCAAAGUUACCCUGCAGUCUUGCUGUCCAUUAUCCUCCAAGACUGUUCAGAACCAUACAGCCACCUACUAACUGAUCUGUUCUCAGGUAUUUAUUUUAAUCUGUGCAGUAAACAGGGUAACCACCAACUAACAGCAUUGCAGGAUUGAAGCACAAUCCACACACUAACCAGCUUUGGUACACACACCAGCAACACACCAAGUACAAAAAUAUGUAAAACUUUGAUGACCUUGUAGUUCCCCUGAAACUCGUCAACCAUUGCCUGUUAAACCGAAAUAUGCUAGUCUUUUUAGGCAGUUGAAUUUGACGUCCCUAGUCACGGUACUUUUUCUGCGUGACAUGAAAUACACAACACCAUACAAGCCUAUUUGUGAUACUGUGUUGUGUUAACUCUGGUCGAAAGCAUAAAACAGCACUUGCAGCACCACGGUGUUACAGAGCCAGCCUUAAAGCAUGCCAGUAGUUUGUGUUCUGCUGUAAAGGAUGUGUGCAUAUGCAGACGGAUGAACCAGAACGACCUUAACCCUGUCAGUUGCUUUUGAAUGAUGUGAUUUACAAAAACAAUACAAACAACCCGAUAUUUGUUUUUGCUUACUAUGUGGCAUUGUUUUCUCCCCCAUUCUGACAAAAUAAAGUAUUCUGGUUUUUUUUAAA